AUGUGCUCAGCACCUAGAGAUGCAUUGGAGUUUUCAGAUUCAGACAGGGGCUUCUUGGAGCCCCAUCUGCCCCCACAAGAUAGCUCGGCAGCUCAGUCUGAUCUCCCCUUCACAACACUCACAUUCGCGACCUCGCUUGACUCUUCUCUUGCUCUUUCCCCUGGUACACGUACGGUGCUUUCAGGGCCCCAGUCCAAGGCAAUGACUCACUACCUACGAUCCCGUCAUGAUGGAAUUCUUAUCGGCGUUGGUACCGCAGUUGCAGACGACCCCGGUCUCAACUGUCGAAUCACAGGAGUUGGGGGUUAUGGCCAAGAUGGCCUCAAUGGCCAGCCUAGACCAGUUGUCAUUGAUCCAACUGCCCGAUGGAAUUUUUCAGAUGACAGUAAGCUGUUCCAACUUUGCAGAGAGGGCCGUGGCCGUGCCCCAUGGAUCAUCACUGCAGUUGGAAACCCGAGCGCCGAGAAGCAAUCAUUGCUGGAAAAGUAUGGCGGAAGAUUUAUCUCGGUUAAAAUGGUAAGAUUGCAUACCGGCCGACAUCAGAUCGACUGGCCUGAUUUGCUUGUCACUUUGAAAUCGAACGGCCUUGGGAGCGUGAUGAUAGAGGGUGGCGGCCAGGUCAUCAAAUCCCUUUUGAGCCCACUUUACAUGUCCUUGCUGGACAGUGUAAUUAUUACCAUUGCUCCCACGUGGCUGGGUGAAGGUGGCGUGGUCGUCUCCCCUGCUAGGCGCUUUGACGAGGAUGGAAAUGCCAUCUCCGCAGCAAGAUUGAAGAAUGUCAAAUGGUACCCAUUUGGCGAAGAUGUCGUUCUUUGCGGGCAGGUCAAGCUCUGUGACUGA